AUGUCAACUAGAGAGCGAAGGCUGGAAAUUGAGGUAUAUCAUAUUUUUGUAAAAUCAGCGUUGCCUCCUAAAUUUGCGUUCUUGGAAUCUAAACGCAAUAUCUACAAUAUGUUCUAGAUGUCAUACGAACAAUACGUCUUUGAAAUAUUUCUUUACUUUUCGCUUGAACUAAGAAUACAAUGUUUGUUAAGAGAAUAUCUUCUUUUCUGCAGAAUUGCAAACUGAAUCAAAACAAGGCAAUCACUAAAAAAUUUUCAGUUUUGCUAAGAAGAAAGUAACAUCCGUCGAAGGGCCUCGAGGCUUUUUCGACGUUUAUCUUAGGAACAGAAUUGUAAGCCUUAAGCGCAUUUCAACUUCAAAAAUAACGACUUCGAUUAUUUCAUUUCCGAUAGAGUGCUUAAGAAGUAAAUGUCAAAUUACAAGCUUUCUCUAGCGUAGAGAAGUCAGGGAGGUGUCUGGAACCUGGCAAAGAAAACACAAGCUCUUUUUAUUUCUAGUCGUUAGAGGAAAAAACUGUAAAUAAGACCUCUCACCGCGACUCUAACUCGGAAAGUUGAAAUUAAAGACGAAAAUAGUUCCCUCUUAAUACUUUUUUGUAUGCUUAAAUGGAAAAAAAUAAUUGCCUUCUCCCAAGAUAAAGUGGACGGAGAGCCGAGAGUUGCUUUCAAAUAGCAUUUAUAAGACAGUGUAACCAGAUUGAAUGCCGCCAGAACUCAUUUCUUACACGCCUGCUCGAUCCUAUACAAGUUUUAUCUUGCAGCACGAAAGCAGUCCCAGAUAUUUUCUAACUACAUAUGCUAAAAUUAAAUACUUCCCUGAGGAAAAAAUAUGUUUACAGCAAAAAAUUCCGGUUUCUUUUUUAAAAAUUGUCUGCAACACACGUGCAAAUAAAUAAAAAAUAAAAACAUUUCAACAAAUUUAAACAUUGAAAUAACUAAAUCGAACCAAAAUUCAAAGAAAUUUGGCGAAACUAACUGUGUCUUCAUUUUAAUGGCAAUCUUAAAUCUAUCAGUUUAUUUGCUCGUGAAAAUUAACUUCAACAUCAACAAAGAACAACUAAUUGGCGUUCUUUCUUGAAUUCUAAUAAAUUCCGGCUUCCCAUGAAAGCGCAAUUGCAUAUUUUUUUUUCGGUCUAGUUAUUUGAUGCGAACAUUUGAUCCAUAUUGCCUAAGUUUCAAAACCCUGAUCCUAAGCCAGCGUACAUGACGUAUUUCAUGAUUGACUUAAUAUCAUUUGAGGCUUCCUCACUGACUCUUUGCGUUACUUACGCUGUUUUCACGAUGGCAAAUAAACGAACAGUAGUUCCUUUCGUAAACAUGGAAGUUAAUGUGUUACAAGUCCAUGGCAAAUUUCUUGUAAUGUUUUAUGGAAAUUGGAAUUGCUUGUAAAUCUCGAUGUUUACUUGAUACCAGUGUUACUUCAUUGGUGAAAAUUGAUUUCGCCUUCUCUACAUGGCUUUGUCAGACUUAACUUCAUACUAUUGUAUAAACUCCACUUCGCCCCACGUGAUGCAUGAUAUGGUUGUUGAAAGAGAAAAUGGGGAAAUCUUUGAAAGGAACUAUUCGGCUUACGACAGAUAUGACUGAAUUUAAAAUUUUUCACGAACAAAAACUCGAGAGAGAAAGGAAUUUUGGUUGUAAAUUUAACUAGCUGUAUGGUUAGCCUUGAAUAAGUGACUAGAAGAAUUAAGUGCUAAAAAGUACUGUUCUUUUCAGCCCCCUUGUCAUUGGGAGCGAAAAUCUUCGGUGAAAAAUUUGUAUCUGGUGCACUAGCAUCAUAAACUCCUCAAAAAAGCGAUACUAACUUAGGAUGUAUAUUUUGUACACAGUUUAAUUUUAUUCCAUUUCCGUUGGUCUGAAAACAUGUCAAACCUCUUUGCAAACUCGACGCUUUCAUUAAAUUUUGUACAGCACAAAGAUUGAAAUGCUGGUCAUUUUGAAAUAAAUAUUGUCACAAGGAUUGUCUCUGCGAAAUGGAUUCGGGGUGAUAUUCAAAUUAACUGUCAUCAAUUUUUCGUCGAAGAAUAACAAUUUUAGAAAAUCACCUGCUAAAAUAAGUGACUCAAACUAGAUAAACAUGCAAACUUGCAUGUCACAAAGACCUGGGAGCAGGAACGCUGGGGGCGGAGGCAGGGGGCAUAGGACUAGAAGAGGGGGGCAAGGGUAUGGUAAGAUUUAACCCUUAAAGAAGGCAAAAUGUCCUUAUGCAGCGAUAAAGGGUUUUGAUGAUUUUGGUCGGAGAUAGGAUAAUUGUGUUUUGUGUAUUUUUUUUCUGUAAUUGGUCAUUGUUUUCAGACGAAGAUAUUUUUCCUGUUCGAUGCAUUGUUUACUUGACCAGAAUUCAAUCGGAAGUCAUUACAAGGUCUAACUGGGCUCUUGCAUCGCAAAUUUAUAAUUGUUUCUAUAAUUGGAAUAAAUAAAGCAGAACGGGAGGCAGGUAGGAAACCUUUUCCUUCUUGCAAGUAUUGCUUUUGAUUUCAAGAAGAGAAUGAAAACUUCAGAAACAGGAUUACUCACUCAAGACAAAUUUCGAGGAGUACCCUUCCCAUCCCCCGGUAUAAGGUCACUUUGAUGAAUAAACGUAUAAGCGUUUUAUGCAGAAAAGCGCCAUAGCUUUGAAAUUCAAUGAACAUCCGCUGGGAAUCUUCUGCGCGAAAUUAAAUAUUGCAAAAUUAGCCCGGUGGAAUAACGCCAUGUGGUUCACUGUAAUUUCGUGAUAGGAUUCUUAGCCGUCUUUUAUUAUUAUAUUUUUUGUUUUUCUUUUCUAAUUGGCAAACUUUUCAAAUACACCGCCUGUCUCUGAGCGGCCCUGUUGUCCGAUCAGGUUAAAUGCGCGAUCUCUAAAGAGCCGAUUAUACAUAAGAUAACUUAAAAUCUAUCGGUCCCGUUUCAAACGCUAAGAAGAUGAGCUUCAGAUAGAAUCAAUAACAUAAAUCGUCUUCUUUUCAAGGUUUUGACAAAAAUAUUUUGCUGAUUUUUCAGUACAGAAUGAAAUUUAGAUUUAAAAUUAUUUUCCUGCCGAGCUAAGACAAAAACACAAGCUGGAUAAUACCUAACAGGCUGCUUAAAAUGAUCAUUCGCUCAAAAUUAUGACCCAUGUAACAACAAUUUGAAUUUUUUUUUUCUUUUUCGCUUUUUGAAACGCUUGUUUCCCUGCCUGACCAAGAAGCGAAGCUACAAAAUAAUUUGUUUGUCUACAAAUAAUACUACGCAUGUGAAAGUAGGGACUAUAAAUAGAUUUUCCAAAGUACACAGGAAGAACUUCCUUCAUUAUUCAAUUCGAUUUCCUAGAUUUUGGCUGAGACAGAGGAAAAGCGCAUGCAAUUGCGAUCGCUAUCGGUUUGACAAACAGCAAGUAUUUUAGUUCAGAAAAGCAUCGACAUAAAGGCGAGAAAUUUCAACCGUAAGGCUCUGAAAUGGAAAUUGAGGUAGAUCAAUAUUCCAGAUGUCACCCGAUGAAACUCAUUUUAAAAUAUUUUGUCUGAAACGAGAGGAAAAUUUGGAAAAAAGAUCAAUGUAAUUUAUUCAUUUUUUUUCUACAGAUUACGAGGGAAGUAAUCACCGCUUAUAAUUCGUCUACUUUUCCUCGCUUAUUUAUCUGCGCAUCCCAUUUGAUUUUUCUGACCAUGUAUCUUUUUCCGUUUAUUUGCAGGAUAAACUUACAGAGGAACAGAUUGAAGGUACAUUCUGAGAUCUAACGACGCUUUACAGAUUUUGAAUAAUCACAAUUACCAUUUACUACUUUAAGCCAGAGUUAGCAUAACAACAGAAAACGAAUAUGUUUCCUGAAGACGGGAAUUUGUUGAAUCCGCACGAAAUACCUUGGUAUGCUAAUAAUCCUUUGAGAAUACUAUAAUAGAUACCUCCUCUGAUGUUUGGAUAGGCUUUACUGCACCUGACAGAUUUUUCCUGCCAAAAAAACGCCUGAAAAAAAGUAUUACAUGUUUUUAGCGAUCUGUAACCGUAUUUCAUAGGUUAGAAACAAGUCACAAGGGUCAUCAGAUGAAUGCAUGAUCAUAUAUUAGUCUCUGAAGAUAAACACGGUCCUUCAUCGUUAGUUGACUGGUAAACAUCGAAGAAAAGAACGCAGAUUGUAUGUUUGCCGAGACAUUUUUGGUAAACGUUUUAGUGUCUCAAAUCUAAGGACUAAAUAAACUAUCUGAAGAUAAAUUUCAUGGAAACAUUUUAUGAAAUCGGAUUCCAAUUCUUGAACUUGCGAGCGGAAAAGGCUUGUAUUUCGCAGAUUAUAAGUUCAAAAGGUAAUUAUUUUGUCUUUGCUAGAGGUCAGGUGUUUGCGACGGAACUGAUCAAUUUGUUGUAGUCAAAACCCGUGUAUGUGUCUUAACUAUUGACUCUUAAACUCUAUUCAUUUACCUGACAGUAGUCAUAAAUUAGUUUCAUAUGAUGACUAGCGACACAGUCUGUUAUGUAUUUUGAAUUACAUAUUUAGUUUUUUCUUUUACCGGUAUAUAGGAUUUUCUGCCAUGUUUUCUUUGUUUGGAAUUAUAUGCAGAGUGGAGUGCUUACAAACUAGCUUGAGCAGCUACAUUCAGUGCACUUCGACCACAAAAAUUAUUGACUGAUCUUUUUUCUUAUAUUUUCUUACGUUUCUCAGAAUACCGAGAUGCGUUCAAGUUUUUCGAUAAAGAUGGCAAUGGUUAUAUAACGACCCGUGAGUUGGGGGCCAUAAUGAGAUCCCUCGGGCAAAACCCCACGGAAACCGAGCUCCAGGAUAUGGUCAAUGAAGUAGAUUAUGACGGUAAGGUAAACUUUUCAUGGCAAAUAAUUGAUGGGGGUAAUUUUCUGUGUUAAGUCGGUGGAGGGGGGCUGGGGGGGGUAUUACACAGACAUAAUUUGAAUUUGUCAACAUUUCAAGCGCUAGCCCUUCGUCUUUUGCUCUAAGGUUGGGCUAACGCUCACUGAAAACAUCAGCUUUAGAAACUCUUUACGAUGGCCAAUUUACACUGAUCGAUCAACUCAGUUAAUAAAAUCAAACUAUUUUUAAAAUAAAGUUGUCUUUGGCAAGUUGAACUUCGCUUGUCGAGGAAAACUUACCAGGUUAGAUGCAGCUCAAAUUGUUGACGAAUCAUCCUUAUGUAUGUAAAAUGAGAACAUGGUUCCCUUUAAGAAACAUUUUACCUCUUGAAGGUCUUUUUUAUGAAUACUAACUAGUACACUGAAUCCUUAUACCUGCUUACAAAACAGCUGCUCAUAGCUUAUCUACUGUUUUUCCUAACAAUCCACGAGCUAUUCGGCUUUCAUAUCUGUUCAUAGUUUCAAAAACGUUUUUGAGUUUAUAACAAAAACUCUGAACAUGAUUGGUUCAUUAGGUUCACCAAUUACUUAAUUUGGCUGGGGUAGCAUCAAAUAUUUCGUAUCUUGGUUGCUCGCGAUUAUCUCGCAUUCGUUAUUGACACAAUAAUUUGCUAAUAGGAGUUGACGUGAGGGUCACUCGUGCUCCACUCAGUCACGGUCCUACAUCGAAUGUCGAAAUUAAUCCGAGAUUGCAUUGGUAUUCCUUUACUUUGUUCUGUGAUUGGUCCAGAAAACUUGUGCUAUUCUCUUGACCAAUCAGAUACAAAACUAAAACCAACCACAGCUUGGUCGCCGGCGUUUUCCCGCGCUUUAGGUGGUUUGGCUGUUUUUCCUUCGACUUCUCAUGGGCUCUCAAAGGCAGUUCCCUUUUCUUCUGAUGAGUAGUUGUAAUUAUUUUUGUUUUACGACACUCGUUGGAAAAGAGCUCUCUCAAUACUUAUCACCUCGCGGAAAGAUACUCUCGGAUACGCAAUUAGAUCGUCUUUUACUAUUCAAACGAGGCUGGCUAACCAUCAUUUUUCCCUCAAUUGAAAAAAGGAAAUGGUGUGGUGGAUUUUGGCGAGUUUGUGAACAUGAUGAUUAAUCAAAACAACAACACGCUUGACGAGAAGGAGCUCUUGGAAGCAUUCAGAACUUUUGACGGUGACGACAAGGGAUACAUAUUCUCUAACGAGAUUCGUUACGUGAUGCGGCACAUGGGGGAAAGCAUUCCAGAACAAGACAUCAACGAGAUAUUACAAGAUUCUCAGGAAAGUCGGAAACGAAAAAUCACCUUUGAAGGUAAUAGAGUGUUAAUUCGUUUAACAGUUUGCUCGACGAGGUUCCAUGCUGCAACAUGUUGAAAAAUCGUCAUGGUAUAUCUUGCACAAUAAGUCUUAAGUACCCUGGCAAGUUUCAACGUUGCACAGGGGUAGAGUAAGGAUAUUAGGGAUAGAAAUGUUACGUUACACCUGUAUACUGUACUCUAAAUGGAACAUACCAACUAUUUCGUCGCGGAUUGAAGGUAGCUAGGAGUCUGUUCGGGUCAAGCGUUUUGAAAAGAAUUUUAUAAUAUCUUUUGUAUUCAGAAAAUUAAAGGUAUUAAAAGUGAAUUAAAGGAAAAUUAAAUUAUCCCUUUUUUGAGAUUCAGACACCUCCUCGGUUCCGUGAUAAUCUCUCUUUAUGUUUUGUAUCCCACAGAAUUCAUCAAACUGGUAAAACCGGAAGUAUAAACCUACGUUUCAUUUCCGUCACUGGAUGAGUCAACCACUGGUACUGACAGAUAAGCAUGAGUUCAAUUACACAUGUGCACCAGUUUGUUUCGUCAUUUACAAGGUUUUGCAAUGUCUGUUGACUGUGUUUACAGUUGUUGCACCGGAUGAACGUCAAUUUUGUUAAAGGAAAUCAGUGGAUAUGGUCAAGUGAG